UAAAGUAUGAUUAUUUUAAUAAUAAUAAGAAAUUUCACCGUUGAAAAUGAUUGACUUUCCUUGUUGCUAAAACUAAAUGGUAUUCGUUCCAUUUAAACACUCGCAUGAAUAAAUUGAAAAGUUGACCAGGACAGCUAAAAUAAAAAAAAAAUGAGUCACGACGUUUUAAAAACCAUUUCCAUUAAAGACGAAGGAGGCCCAAACAUUGAUUUUUCAUUAACGGAUAAUGAUAUAGUGAAAUCGGAGGACAAAAUUUCUAAUAUAAAUGAUAGGGUCCAUUUGGAUGCUGACGGUACAAAAGAAACAGUUGAGGAUCGUACUGAAAAACACAAAUGCGACAAUUGCUCUAAGUCAUUUAAAGUAUUUGGUAUGCUUAAAAAACAUUUAGCUGUGUGCUAUUUGAAUAGUAGUUAUCACUCUCGAAAAGCAGAAAUGAUAAAAAACAUACAGAAAAUCGAAGAGGAUGCGGUUAAACUAGAGCAGGAGAAUAUAUGCUUUUGUUGCGGUGAAAGUUAUGAUACAUUUCAUCGUGGAAAAAUAAAUUGCUUUGAUUGCCCAAAAUCCUUUAAAACUCAACUGAGUUACGAACGACAUAUUUUCAUAAUUCAUUCGGAAUUCGAUGAAUUUCCUUGUUCUAUUUGUAAUGCAAAAUUACGGACAGCUACCCUAUUGAAGUUACACGAAAAGCAACACGCAAGUCUUGGAAGAUUGUGGGCUUGCAAAAUAUGCGGCAGAGACUUCACGCGCAGUUUCCAUUUAAAACGUCAUCAAAAGUACACAUCGUGUGCAGGAAGCUUAAAAAAAACCAUCACUUGUAAAGUGUGUAAUAAAGUGUUCUCUGGUGUAGAUAGUUUGCGAAAACACUUAAAACGGCAUUUUGCCACACAACUGGCAAAAAUUAAAGAAUUUAUGUGCCCUAUUUGUAAAAAUAGUUUUCCCAGUUUGUCGAUUUUAAAAAAGCAUAAACGUAGACAUAAAGAAAAACGUUUUAUUUGUGACUUUUGUGGCAAGAAAUUUCUGUCAGGGUGUCAAUUGAAAGACCAUCGCCAUUCUCACACUGGCGAAACCCCUUAUAUAUGCACUGAAUGCAAUCAAAGUUUUACUACCAAAUAUGCACUCAAUAAUCACAUGAAGCGGCACACUGGAGAAAAACCCUACACAUGCACUGAAUGUAAUAAAAGUUUUGCGGUUAAGCUGAAUCUUAAUAGACAUAUAAAGCGGCAUACUGGAAAAAACCUCUAUUCGUGCACUGAAUGUAAUAAAAAUUAUUCCGUUAAAGGCGAACUUAAAAUUCAUAUGAGGAGACAUACAGGUGAAAAGCCAUUUACGUGCACUGAAUGCGAACAAGGUUUUACUCGUAAAGGAGCACUCAAUGUUCAUAUGAAGCGACAUAGUGGGGAAAAGCCACACGUUUGUUCCGAAUGUGGAAAACGUUUUAUGCUAGCAUAUCAGCUACGUUCCCACAGUAAAAUGCAUGUACGUCCUUUUGCUUGCGCUCAGUGUGAAGAGACAUUUACAACUAAUAAGAAGCUUGAGCAACAUAUCAGAAUUCAUUUGUCUGAAAGCAAGUUGGCGAAUGAGGCUCGAGAACAAAGAUUCAAAUGCACAGAAUGCAAAGCAAUUUAUGCAACAGAAGAAGAACUUAAAACACAUUGUGAUACAGAAGUUCAUAUACAUAAAUACACCAAAAACAGCUCCAAAAAUGUGAAAGAAAAACAAAGAAACUGUACGCUUUGUAACAAAGAAUUUAAUACAGUGAAAGCUUUGAACUCUCACCUACUUAAAAUACAUAGAGAGCAUCCACAGAAUUUCCUCAGUGCUAAAUGUACCCAAAACUUAAAACCAAAUAAUGUCGCCACGUCAUCAGAAAAAAAUUACAGAGGUGAUAAUUCCAACGAAAACCCUAUUGAAAAUGUUACUCCAACUGAUAACAAUGUCUUACUAUCACUAAAAUAUGAAGAACUUUCGUCAAUAGGAAAUGGAGUUAUUAAACAAGAAUGUAUAGUAGAUGAAAGAACUGAAACAACUACAGAAAAAUUAUUAUUCAAUAACGAAAAGAAAAGUGAAAGGAUACAGCCGACACAUAUGAGUAAUAAUGAACAAAUAUCCAUCAAUAAUGAAGUUAUUAUACAACAAUUUAUAAAACAAGAAGUACCCGAUGCACCUGCAGAGAAUUUACUAUUAGAAAGCGAAAUGUACAAUAAUAUGACAAUAGAAAAUGAAACUAUAAAAACUGAAACAGGAUCUGCUGUUACUGAAACUCCAAACGGUACAAUUAUAAACGAUCGAAUACCUCUCGAAUAUGGCGGAGUUUCACAAAAAGUAAUAGAAGAUGAAGAAACUGAAACAGUUACUGAGCAAUUAAUUAUGGAAAACGAAUCAACUGUGUUCAAUGUUCAUAAAAGUAAAAACACAAAUGAGCCAUAUAUCAAUUGCGACUCUUUUAAAAAGAAAUUGCUGAAAUUGGGUGUACAGAAUGACCUUAAUCGUUCUUACAACAGUGAAAACCCAUACUCCUGUGCUAAAUGCAAUAAAAGUUUCUCUCUCAAAAGGUCACUGAAUUAUCAUAUAAGGUAUCAUUGUGGUAAAAAACUUAAUACGUGCACUGAAUGUAACAAAAUUUUUGCUUCUAAGAAAGGACUCAAUAUUCAUAUGAGACAACAUACUGGCGAAAGACCUUACAAAUGCACUGAGUGUAAUAAAGGUUUUACUGUUAAGAGCUCACUUAUUCUUCAUAUGAACCAGCAUACUGGUGAAAAACCAUGCAUAUGUACUGAAUGUAAUCAACAUUUUUCUACAAUGAGCUCACUCAGGAUUCAUAUGAGGCGACAUACUGGUGAAAAACCCUACAAAUGCACUGAAUGUAAUCAAAGUUUUUCUAUUAUGAGUACACUCAGGAUUCAUAUGAGGCGACAUACUGGUGAAAAACCCUACAAAUGCACUGAAUGUAAUCGACAUUUUUCUAUAAUGAGCUCACUCAAAAGUCAUAUGAGGCGACAUACUGGUGAAAAGCCCUAUUCAUGCACUGAAUGUAAUCAAAGUUUUCCAAUUAAGAGUUCACUCAAUGUUCAUAUGAUGCGACAUAAAGGCCAAGAACCAUUCCCAUGCACUCAAUGUAACAAAAGUUUUGCUGUUAAGCAAGGACUCAAGCUUCAUAUGAGACAUCAUACUGGCGAAAAACCCUACAAAUGCACUCAAUGUUAUAAAAGUUUUUCUAUGAAGUGUUCACUCAAUAUUCAUAUGAGGCAUCAUACUGGCGAAAAGCCCUACUCGUGCACUCAAUGUAAUCAAAGUUUUUCUACAAUGAGCUCACUCAAAUGUCAUAUGAGGCGACAUACCGGUGAAAAGCCCUACUCGUGCACUGAAUGUAAUAUAAGUUUCUCUUACACGACCACAUUCUAUCGUCAUAUGAAGCAACACACUGGUCAAAAACUCUACCCAUGCACUGAAUGUAAUAAAGCUUAUUCUAAGGACAAACUUAAGAUUCAUAUAAUGCAGCACAGAGGUGAAAAACCAUUCACAUGCACUGAAUGUAAUAAAAGUUUCGCUUUCAUGAGCUUACUCGAUAAUCAUAUGAAGUGUCAUAGUAAACACAAGCCCUACUCAUGCACUGAAUGUAAUAAAAGUUUUACUGCUAAGCAAGGACUCAAGGUUCAUAUGCAGCGACAUACAGGUGAAAAGCCAUUUUCAUGCACUGAGUGUAAUAAAAGUUUUGCGUCUAAACAGAGACUUAAGAUUCAUAUGCAGCGACAUGCAGACCAGAAGCCACACGUUUGCAAUGAAUGUGGGAAGUGUUAUCUACAGGAAAUUGAGCUACGUUAUCACAGAAAAACUCAUUUACACCCAUUUGCCUGUGAUCAGUGUGAAGAAAAAUUUAAAACUAAUAAGAAACUUGAACAACAUAUUAAAACUCAUUCAUCUGAAAACAAACAGAAAAAUGAACCCCAGGGACAUAAAUUCAAGUGCAAAGAUUGCGAAGCGAUAUAUUCGACAGAGGAUGAGUUGAAAAUUCAUCAUAACACGGGAAUUCAUUUAGAUUUGGAAAAACGUCGUAGAGACGAUGCGAGUUAUGACAAGAAAUUUAAGCCAUGUUCCAAUAAAAAUCCAAUGGAAAACAUUACAAGACCUAAAAGAAAAAUUAAAUUACCCGUAAAAUAUCGUGAAGAAAAUUCUUCUAUUGUUCAAGAAUUUAUAAAGGAUGAAGUAUGUGAAAUAAGCACAGAGCAAAUAUUAUUAGAAAACGAAGAAUAUAAUUCUAUGACACUAGAAAAUCAGAGUAUAAAAACCGAGCCGGACACCACUGUUCCCGAUACUCCAGCUAGUGCAUUCAAAAGUGGCGUUGCAGAAUUAGAAUAUAUAAAAUCAGAAACUAAUGAAGCAAAUACAUAGAACUUAUUAUUAGAAAAUGGAAAAAA